AUGAACGUCGAAGUCCUCGAGGCUAUGAUCCGAGGCCAGCCCAACGAGUUCCUCGUCAGAUCUAUCACCUACCAAUCUCCAACACUACAAGAGCUCAGUCGAAAGUUCAAGGCGAAGUUCGCGAUGAAGAAGCCGAAAAUCAUCUAUUUCUACGAGAUGGAGCCAUCCUUCUCUCCGGAACAGGUAUUUCAGAUGUCCGGAUCGUUUAUACUUCGUGAUAGAUUACUCACAGCAUUGCAGCUCCCCGAUGGACAAUGGAAGAUGGCUGGUACCCCGAAACAGAUUCUUGUUGAUCGCGACUCCGCCACAGACGGCGAGCUGUGGAGUGCGGGUUAUGUCAAUACACAUCCCUUGAAUCGCAAUCACUCGGAUCUUGUCAAGUUCAGCAGUCCGAAUGAUGCGGACUUCCAGCGCGUUCUCAGUGAACUCAUCAAGUUGGUGGAGCAUGCUGAACUUGGAAGAGGAGAGUGA